GAAAAUGUUCUUUUUCCAUUUUUUGAUGGUGUCAUCUCGAAAGUAGUCCAGAAUCUUUUCCCAAUAAUUUCACCCAUAUUUACUAGAUCUCUUCCUAGCAUUAAUUGUCCAUUGGCAGUAACUUUAUAAAUUUUCUUAAAAUUCAAUUUUUUUACUAUUACAUACUUUCCUAUCGCAAUUACAUCUUCGGAUUCGCACAUGUUUAUGGACUUUCUUAUACACGUUUUUAUGUAUUGUAACCUAAGUAGUCAACAUAACCUAAUAAUUAAGAAAAAAUGUUUCUUUACAAAGAAUUUCAAGCAGUUGUACUUGCCGGUGGAGGAGGAUCUCGCAUGACUGAACUAACUCACGGACAAUAUAAAUGCUUAUUGCCAAUAGGGAAUAUACCAAUGCUUUGGUAUCCUCUUCAAUUAUUAGAACAUGCUGGUUUUAAAGAAGCUAUUGUUGUUGUUUCCGAGAACAUGGAAAAUAAUGUGCUAUUAGCCUUGAACAAAUUGAAUCUCAAGAUUAAAACAGAUAUUGUUGCAGUCGAAGAUGCGGAAGAUCUUGGAACUGCAGAUUCCAUUAGACUCAUACACGAAAAGAUUCACACUGACUUUUUAGUAAUUUCCUGCGAUUUAAUAACUAAUGUUGACAUAUGUGAAAUUCUGAAUUUAUAUAGAAAACACAAUGCCAGCAUCGCUGCACUUAUGAUGCCUGUCCCUAAGCUACCAGAAGACUUUGUAACUCCAGGUCCAAAAAAUAAACAGAAACCAGAAACUGAUUUGAUUGGUAUUGAUAACGAAACAGGACGUUUAGUUUUCUUAGCUUCAGCUUCAGAUUUUGAGGAAACUAUUAACAUUUCACAAAUGCUUCUUAAAAAGCAUACAAGUUUUACUAUCCACUCAAAAUUAUUGGACGCACAUCUAUAUGUCAUCAAUAAAUGGGUCUUAGACUUUUUGGUGCACAAUAAGACUUUUAGUACAUUGAAAGGUGAACUUCUUCCAUACAUUGUUAGUAAACAAUUAGCUAAGCCUCCUAAACAAUGUGUAGAUGAUAAAAAUACAUCAAUAGUAAAAGUUAAUCUGAAGGAAGAUAUUUUCCGUUUUGCUGUUGAGAAACCACUGGAUGAAUUAAUCAGGAAAAUGUCAGCUCAUAACGAUCAUACUACUGAUUUAAAUGACGCAUAUCAUGGAGACAUAUUGAGAUGUUAUGCUCAUAUUGUUAAUGGAAAAUUUGGCCUCAGAACAAACACUAUACAAAUGUAUCAUUUUGCUAAUGCCAAGAUAUCAGAAUGGUGGGCUAAUAACGACAUAGACCGAUCUGAUAUUCCAAGUAUUUCAGCUACAGCUACUAUACAUAGUACACAGAUGCAAGAUUGUUGUGUAGAUGAUAAUGCUAUUAUACAUGAAAAAACUUCCCUUAAACAAAGUCACAUUGGACCAAAUGCGGUAAUCGAAUCAAAGACUCGAGUGUCUCAAAGUGUUAUAAUGGAAAAUGUUAUAAUUAAGCAGAGAUGCGUGAUACAUAACUGUAUACUUUGCAAUGGUUGUGUUAUUGAAGAAGGUGCAGAAUUAAAGGAUUGCGUGGUUGGUCCUCAACAUGUUGUAACAAGUGGAAGUCAACAUUCUCGUGAAGUGCUCACUGAUGCUGAUAAACUUAUAGAAAUUUAAUUAUUUAUCAUCAUAUAAAGUAUAUUACUUAUAUAACCAUAAUAAAUCACAAAAUGUUUCUAAAACAUUUUUGUAACUAUUUCCUUGUUAAAAAGAUAAAAUCCAAUUUUUUAUUUUGGGUACUCUGAUACUUACACCACUAAUUUUAUAAAAUUCAAA